CGCGACGCCGCCCCGCCCCGCACCCGCACCGGCGAACAUAUGUAUAUUUACCUAUGUAUUUCGGCGGCUUCGGAGCUUCGGUGCGCUGUCACCACUGGCCCAUCGCUGCAUAUAUUGCGCGUUUAUCUAUCGGCCGGAGCCGCAUCGGUACCGAAAUAGCACGGCCCCGCGGCCGCCAAGCUAUCGAUUCCGUGAAUAGCAACUUCCGGGCAUCACUGCAUGAGCCCCCGAGUGCAUCGGGAUCUGAAGGGCCCCAUUCACCAAUUUCCUGUCUGGCUGGAUGCGAUCGGAACUUCGUGCCACUGGACUUCCUCCCCCUCCCUCCAUUACAUAUACCUACUACAACGUGGCUGAUUAUGAUGAUGAAGCUGAUGAUGAAGCUGAUGAUGAAGCUGAUGGAUAAGCCAAAUAUGUCUGCCUGCGGGCUGAGCUGUUUGUUUGUUUGCUGCGAACUCCGCUCGGAAAUAGAUCUCGCACAAAAACUUCAUGUGAAAUCAUGUCAGCUUCCACAUAACUAUACCGCAUCUCUCCCCUCCGCCCCUAACAAUCUUUCCAUCCAUCCAUCCAUCUGUCCUUCCUCUCUCCUUCCUCUCUCUCUCUCUCUCUCUUUCUCUCCGAAACACCUCCGACUCCCGUUUUUGAGUCCCGAAGAGUUAUCACGCCUAUUCCUUGUGCCGAUCCUCCCGCCUCGCCCCGGCCACUCCCCGGCCCCCCCGGGCUGUACGACGCUCGAUCUCGGAGCCAGCGUCGCCAUACCGACCACCGCAUACCGAUCUGAGAUAGAUAUUAUCCACAUUUCGCUCCCUCCCUGUCUGCCCUCGUUCCCCCUACCCAGGAGCAACUAUAUAAGCAACUAAGCCCGAUCCGAUACGAUGUCGCCGCGAGUGAUGCCACGUGCCGACCCCCUAGCCGCCGAGCAGGGUCCGGCCGCAAACGAUGGGUUAGGUAUUUCCGACAACGCCGGCGGCGCUCAAAACCUGACCGCCU